AUGUUGGGUGCUUUACGACAAGCUCCUAGAACGUGGACAGUAUAUUUACGUAUUUAUUCGAAGCAACAAUUUAAUACUACAAAGAGAUUUUCUAGCAAUGGAAGUCCCGCGAACCUGACGCCUAUUGAUACAAAAAAAACUGCCACUUCAGAACCCACCCCCUCACAGAAAACGCCGGAAGAAGCAAAAUCAGAGUCUAAAACAAAUUCCGAUAAAAAAAGCGGAUUUAGAAGAUUAAGCAAACCCUUGAUUAGUAUAACACUCUUGGGAGGGAUUGCUUAUGGUGGUGCCGUAUAUUACUCUAUAAACAAUGAUGAUUUCCGAUCUUGGUUUACUGAUAAUGUUUAUGGAGCAGAAACGGUUGUAGACUAUGUGGAUGAUCUUUAUAGACAAGGAACUUUUAAUAAAAUUGGAAGAAAUGUAAUUAAAUGGCGCGAUUAUACUUAUGAAAAAAUUUCAGGCGUUUUCGAAAAACCUUCAACUCCUCCUGAUAAGUCAUCAUCAUCAGACAUUACUAUCAUACCACCCCAACCAAAAGAAAUCCCCAAAAAAACUCCAAAGGAAACUCCGAAGGAAACUCCAAAAGAACCACGAGAAGAACUGCCAGUAGAUGAUGUGAAAAAGGUUCAGGAAGAAAAAUUAAUUACAUCAUCUGAUUCUAUCAUUCUUAAACUUACAAAUAUUUUGAAUGAAUUAGAAACCAUUUUACUAAGUAAUGGUUUAAAGGAUGCCAGUAAUAAUAUUUUAAAAAAAGCCAAAGAAGAGUUAACAGAACUUAAUAAUCGUAUUGAUUUACUUAAAAUUGAACAAGAAUCAUUAUUGCAAAAAAGUUUAUCUAAACAAAUGGAAGAAUUUAAUAAAAUUUUGACUGAAUAUGAGAAACAUGUAGAUGAAUAUAUUAAAGAUAAAGAAAAUUCUAUGAAGCAACCGUUUGAACUUGAUAAACAAAAUCUUUAUAAACAACAUCAAGAACAAAUGAGAGAUGAACUUGAACGACAAGCAAUCAAAUUUAAUGAAGAAUUAAAAAAUGAACUUGUCCGACAAGCUGUUGAAAUGCAACGUCGUUGGGUGAGAGAAGUCAAGCUUUUGGUGGAAAAAGAGCGCGCAGGAAGAUUGGCUCGACUUGAUAAUAUUAAUUAUCGUCUUAAGGUUCUUGAACGUUUGAGUGUAGAUAACGUAGAACACUUAGACAAUAGUCUUAAAGUUCAUCAAUUAUGGUGUGCAUUGAGGGCAUUACAAAAUGCAGUCGAAAAACCUCAUCGAACGUCGUUUGCAGAUCAAAUUGUCGCUUUAAAACAUUUAUCAUCAACUGAUGAAGUGGUGACCACAGUUUUAUCCACAAUCGAUGAUUCAGUUGCUAUUAAUGGGAUUGAUUCAAUUUCUGACUUGGCGACGCGAUUCCGUGAUGUGAGAGAAGAAGUUCGUCGUGCCUCAUUGGUACCAGAAAAUGGAGGAGUAUUAUCACAUCUCCUGUCUAAAAUGUUGUCUAAACUCAUGUUUCGUAAACAUGGUUUAGUGGAUGGUAAUGAUGUAGAAGCUAUACUGGCUAGAGUCCAAUACUUUCUUAACGAAUGUGAUUUAGACAAUGCAGCAAGAGAAUUAAAUCAGUUGAAAGGAUGGCCUAAAAAGUUGGCUGAAGAUUGGAUCAAAUCAGCUAAAGAACAUUUAGAAGUUAAACAAGCUAUUGAGAAACUUAACUGGUCUGUAUAUAGUAAAAUUUGA